AUGGACUCAUACGGAGAGAGAGUGACGGAGCGAGCAAGAUGGACGCCACUUACCCGCAUGUUGCUGGCGGGAGAGAUGACACAGGAGAAGCAGAAGGAGCUCACCCAGCGGGAGAGGUUUGAUCGAUGGAUGAUCAACGAAGGUUACCGGCGAUUUUUCGUGUUCGUUUUCAUGGCCGUCCACGCUCUCAUCUUCGCCUUUGGUUUCGUCCACUACGCCGUCAAGGACAGUCUGAGCGGCUCACGAGCGAUCUUCGGUGUUACGUUCAUGAUUGCCAGAUCAGCGGCUCUGGUGCUUCAUCUCGACGUUGCGCUGAUUCUCUUGCCCGUGUGCCGUACCUUCAUCUCGAUGGCUCGCCAGACCCCGCUCAACGGCAUCAUCCAGUUCGACAAGAACAUCACGUUCCACAUGACAACCGCUUGGUCCAUCUUCUUCUUCUCGUGGGUCCACACGAUUGCCCAUUGGGUCAACUUUGGUCACGUUGCGGCCCAGAACAACCUCGGAUUCUGGGGCUGGAUGGUUGCCAACUUCGCCACCGGUCCCGGCUGGAGCGGCUACUUCAUGCUGAUUGCGCUCACCGGCAUGGUCCUGACUUCGUACGAGAAGCCCCGCCGCGCCAACUUCGAGCGCUUCUGGUACACGCACCACAUGUUCAUCGUCUUCUUUGUCUUCUGGUCGAUCCACGGCGCGUUCUGCAUGAUCCAGCCCGACACUGCACCGUUCUGCACGAGCACCGGCGCGAGCGCGAUCGGCGUCUUCUGGCAGUUCUGGACGUACGGAGGCUUCAUCUACUUGGCGGAGCGUAUUGCUCGUGAGGUCCGCGGCAGGCACAAGACGUACAUCUCCAAGGUCAUCCAGCACCCCAGCAAUGUCUGCGAAAUCCAGAUCAAGAAGGAGCACACCAAGACGCGGGCUGGCCAAUACAUCUUCUUCUGCUGCCCCGAGGUCUCACUGUGGCAGUACCACCCUUUCACUCUGACAAGCGCGCCCGAGGAGGACUACAUCAGCAUCCACAUGCGUAUGGCUGGUGACUUCACCAAGGCAGUGGCCAAGACUCUGGGCUGCGAGUUUGACCGCAAGCCCGCGGGCAAGGGCGAGACGUCCAAGGUCGUCGGCGUCAGCGACAAGCGGGACAACAUCAACGGCGACUCGGACCCGGCGCUGAGCCGCGUGCUCCCUCGCGUGUACAUUGAUGGACCUUUCGGCUCUGCGUCCGAAGACGUGUUCAAGUACGAGAUCAGCGUCCUCGUCGGUGCCGGUAUUGGUGUCACGCCGUUUGCCAGUAUUCUCAAGUCUAUCUGGUACCGGAUGAACUACCCGCAGAAGAAGACGCGCCUGUCCAAGGUGUACUUCUUCUGGAUCUGCAGAGACUUUGGCUCGUUCGAGUGGUUCCGAUCCUUGCUCAUGGCCAUCGAGGCGCAGGACGUCGACGGCCGCAUCGAGAUCCACACGUACCUGACGGCCAAGAUCAAGGCCGACGACGCCACCAACAUCAUGAUCAACGAUGUCAACGCCGACAAGGACGCCAUCACGGGCCUGCGCUCGCCGACAAACUUUGGACGGCCCAACUGGGACAUGAUCUUCCGCGGCAUCCGCAAGCUGCACACGCCCGCCGAGGCGGGUGUCUUCUUCUGCGGGCCCAAGGGUCUCGGCAGCUCGCUGCACGUGUUUUGCAACAAGUACUCGGAGCCUGGCUUCUCCUUCGUCUGGGGUAAAGAGAACUUCUGA